CCGCUUCGCCUGAUUUGUUUCGUGCACUUCUUCGCCUUCGUACCACAUAAACUACCCAUGCAGUUUCGUUUUUAUAUUGCCCAACCAAAGGUCGCAUUUGCAGGUGUGGAAGGAAAAAGAUUCCGUCAAUGUUGUGAACCACUAUUCACCGUCAAAAGUCAUCUAGACUGAGUUUUACUCCGAGCCUGUCACAGUUUGGGUUCAGUCAUCUCGACAAAUAUGGCAACUGAGAUUCCAAAAGAUAUGAGCCAGGCUCAGAAAGCCGCUAAGGCUAUCAACGUCUUUGCCUCUGACCUGUUUCAGGUGUUAGCUCAGAAAGGAUCUUCUGGAAACAUCUUCUUUUCUCCAAUGAGCAUCUCUACUGCAUUGGCCAUGACGUACCUAGGAGCCCGUGGCAACACUUCAAGUCAGAUGAGUCAAGUGCUUCAGUUCAACGUCUUGGAGGAGGAGUCCAAGCUCCAUCAGUCUUUUGCUGAGCUCAGCGAUCUGAUCAAUCGAGCGGACGCUCCUUACACCUUGAAGGCUGCCAACAGAUUGUUCGGUCAGAAGAACUUCGAGCUUCUCCAAGCGUUUAGAGACGAGACUAAGAAGUAUUACGGAGCUGAGAUGGAGAUGCUUGACUUCGUUGAGGAUGCGGAAGGAUCUCGUACUUUCAUCAAUGGAUGGGUUGAGAAACAGACAGAGAGUCGGAUCAAAGACUUACUGCCAGAAGGAUCACUUGAUGCCUUAACUCGUCUGGUGCUCGUCAAUGCGAUCUACUUCAAAGGAGAUUGGGCUGAGAAGUUUCAGACUACCGCUACGUCUGAGGAAAAGUUCCACGUGACAGGAAGUAAAGAAGUAAGUGUUCCGAUGAUGCAUCAGAAGAAGAAGUUUCCCUGUAGCCAUGAUCCAUCAGUGAAGUGUUCAAUCAUUGAGCUUCCUUACAUCAAGAAGGAAGUUAGUAUGUUCAUUGUGCUCCCCGAUGAGGUAGAGGGUCUGGGUGGUGUCCUAAAGGAGCUGAGUCAUGAGAAGUUGGAGCAAUGGAUAAGCCAAACACGUUUCGGUCCCCCGCCAGAAGUCAUCCUGUCCUUGCCCAAGUUUACCCUGCAGCAGGACUUUGUCUUAAAUGAUGUCUUGGAGGCAAUGGGUAUGACUGACCCAUUUGAUUUGCAUCAGGCUGACUUCUCUGGGAUGACGGGAGGUAAAGAUCUCUUUAUUUCUGCCGUCAUCCACAAGGCUUUCCUGGAGGUGAAUGAGGAAGGUAGUGAGGCAGCCGCUGCCACGGCUGUGAAGAUGAUGUUUCGUUGCAUGCCGAUGAGACCCAUUGUGAUCAAAGCGGAUCAUCCUUUCUUGGUUUUAAUCCGUGAUAACAAAUCUGAAGCAAUUCUGUUCAUGGGACAGUUGUGUGACCCAAGCCAAAAGUAGAUCAUCAAGAAGGAAAAAAACUCGGUCCUCUUUGGUUCUGGUUGGCUCCUUGGUUGUUCCUGCCUGUCCUCUUUAUGGACCCUUGACUUAACUCAAGUCCCAAUCCAGUGCCAUCCCCAGAAAAUUACUGUUUUGUGAUGAUCUGCAUUCCCCAACCUGUUCUCUGGACCACAUUUUGACGGCGAGCGCGCCCUGUACUAGGCUAUGCUACGUGUUGUUUUAUAGUAAAUUGGCGUGAUAUGCUUACAUGUAGGGGCCUCUCACACGAGAAUGGGACUUGAAUCAAGUCUAUGUAUCAAGCAAAUUGCAUGGUUUUUCCUAGUCCUGUAGGGCCUUUCAUUUUCGUUUACAGCACUGAGAAAGAGUCAGUUUGUUCACUCCUACAAUCUAAAACUCAACAUUUUCUUCAUCAUCUUCCUCAACACAGGUAUCUUCAGGCCUACGGUAGACUUGUGUACAAUUAAGUCGUUAAAUGUCUGUCGCGUGGUGAGAUAGCGAAAUGGCUCUCUCGUAACUAGUCUCGCGAGAGUCAGACUGCUGCUCUGCACGAGAACACUGCUUUAAAAACUGCUCUCAUUAACUACUCAAAAUAAUUAUUAGCAUAAAACCUUAACGAGUAAUGGGGAGAAGUUGAUAGUAUAAAACAUUGUGAGA